AUGUCGACUGUAUACUCCGUUGAAGUUCCAAAUGCCCCUACGAUUUCAGGCGAAGGCAAACCUCGUCGUCAUCCACUCUUUGUUGACAAAUUGCUUGAACAUCCCCCAGAAGUCAUUACACUCUGGGAGAAUUUCUUACAUGGCUUAAAAGAGUCUGGUGGUGGUAAUUUCUUGGGACAUCGUCCAAUUGAGAAUGGUGUCGCGCAACCAUACGUCUGGCAAACUUAUCCAGAGGUGAAAACACGUGUUAUCAGCCUCGGGUCUGGUCUACGAAAACUAGGAUUGAAGCCCCUUGCUCCAUUAGGUAUUCUCAUGUUGAAUUGUCCAGAAUGGACAAUUACAGAACUAGCAUCAUAUAUGCAUAAUUUCAUAACUGUUCCACUUUAUGAAACUUUGGGUGUCGAAGCUAUUGAUCAUAUAGUUAACGAAACGGAUAUGGAGUAUGUUGUUACGUCUCAGACAAAGGCACGAUAUCUCUUGGACAUGAAAACAUCAUUGCCAACUCUGCAUACCAUAAUAGUAGCAGAUCAUCUUGAUCAAGAUACUAUCGAUUAUGGGAAAAGUUUAAAUGUACAGGUUGUAGAUUUUCUUAAGGUAGAAGAUGAAGGAAGUCGAAAUCAGGUUAAACCAGAAACCGUCAAACCUAGCGACAUAGCCACAAUCUGUUACACAUCAGGUACUACGGGUAGACCAAAGGGUGCCGUUUUGACAAAUUCAAAUAUUGUAUCAUUAAUCGCGGGUAUCACGGCUAUGGGAGAAAAAGGCAAAUUAUUUAAGAUUUCCAAAGACGAUGUGCACGUCUCUUAUUUACCACUUGCGCACGUCUACGAGCGAUGUAAUCAGGGGGUAAUGAUUUAUUCUGGGGCAUCAAUUGGAUUCUACCAAGGUGAUACAUUGAAAUUGUUAGAUGAUAUCGCGGAAUUGAAGCCGACACUUUUCAUAUCUGUCCCUCGAUUAUUGAAUCGUGUUUAUGACAAAGUAAUGGCAGGGGUAAAGGCCAAAGGUGGUGUGGCAGAAUGGACAUUUAACACCGCAUAUAAUCAGAAAAAGGCUUUAUUGUCUAGAGGGAUAAUCAAUCAUUGGUUGUGGGAUCGCGUGGUCUUUACUCCGAUUCGUGCACGAUUAGGUGGUAGAGUUCGUGCAAUGCUAUCUGGUUCGGCUCCGAUUUCACCUGAUGUAAUGGACUUUCUAAGGAUUUGUUUUUCGGCGGAGGUUUAUGAAGGAUUUGGUCAAACGGAAAAUGCAGCCUGUAUAACAAUGUCUCAUUAUGGAGAUACUAAAGCAGGUCAUGUGGGAGGUCCACAACCAACUGUUGAAGUGAAAUUAGUAGAUGUCCCAGAUAUGAAUUAUACUAGUCAAGAUGUUCCUCUUCCCCGUGGUGAAAUUUGUGUUCGUGGUUACACUGUGUUCCGCGAAUACUACAAAAAUCCUGAGAAAACUAACGAAACGCUUGACAAAAAUGGAUGGUGUCAUACAGGAGAUAUCGGCCUUUGGGAUUCCCAGGGGCGAUUAAUAAUUAUAGAUCGACUUAAGAAUAUAUUUAAGUUGGCCCAGGGCGAAUAUAUUGCACCAGAAAAGAUUGAGUUGAUCUACCAGAAACAUGAACUGGUUGCGCAAGCAUAUGUCCACGGUGAUUCCUUACAAGCUUCACUUGUUGGUGUAAUCGUUCCUGACAACGAAGUAUUAACUAGAUGGGCAAAGGAAAAUGGAUUUGAAGAUAAAUCCUUCAAAGAAUUAUGUGAGGAACCGAAAGUUAAGAAUCACAUCUUGCAAACUUUAGCCAAGUAUGGCAAAGCACACGAUCUCAAAGGUUUCGAAAAUAUAAAAAAUAUUUAUUUGAGUCCUGAGCCGUUCAGUGCGGAGAAUGAUUUGCUCACGCCGACAUUUAAGCUGAAAAGACAUCAGGCACAAAAACAUUUCACACGACAGAUUGAAACUAUGUAUUUUGAAAUUUCUUGA